GUGUGGCAGUGGGAGAGUUUCCCCGCAGAACCUUUCUUUCGCCUCUCGCUUGGAGUUGUCCUCUACCAGCACUGCUGCAGCAGGACUGCCAAGGCGUUAACGGCUUAAUGUAUUUGGGGACAGAAUACUGAAAGAUCAGAAGAGAAGCUCGUGGCUGAUGUGACAGCUCUUGGAACUGUAUCAUCCAGGAACAGCUCUAUCUGGAGUUGAAAAAUCCAACGUGGUUUCCCAGGCAGCAGAAAUGGAUCGCUGAGAGAAUUUCAAUCUCCCGACUGCUUGUGUCUUGUGGGUAUGAGGGAUCACUAUGAAGGUGAAGAAGGUGGCAGAAAUCCUUACCUGGUGUCAAGGAGGAGGUCGUCUGUGCUUAUCUGUAGUUCUGCAUGAUGCCUCACCUUAAGCAAUAUUAGUGAGAGGUAAAAUACUAAUAUUAAUGCAAGAUUAAACUUGGAGAUCUGUUGUUCGAUCCUAGCACUCUCCAGAAUGUGUUCCUUCCCCCACAAUAGCCAUCAUACUACUUCUGUGUGUUUGUUAGAAUACAAUAAUCCAUAGAAGAGCAAGUCAUGAGCUAGAAUUGUAUUGUGCGGAUGUGGUGGUCAUAGUCAGUAUUUCCUGUAUUUAACAGCUUAGCGAUUUACUACCAUGGUUUAAACUGAAUCAAUGAAAGGCCUAGGGAAGAUGUUACAGAUAUAAUAUCACCAAUUUAGACUUGUGGGAACAACUUCAUCGGAAGGGUUGCCUUCCUUCUGAUGAUUUUCUUUUUUUUUCAACCAUAACUCUGCACAUUUACUUCCAAGGGUUCAGAAAUAGCAUAACUGGGUUCAUUUCCCAUGUUUUCUAAACCCAGUUUAGAGAACUACAGCAGCUCAAUAAUUUUCUAGAACAUUUCCCAAGAACCUGGACACUAACUUCCAGGAAAUGUAACCAAGAUUAUAUUAAACUUGGCUCCUGCUAGCAUACAAGACUGGCUGAAACUAUCUUUUUGAUGGUGAAAUAAAUAAAGACUGGAAAAAAGGAGUUCUUGUAUUGGCACCCUGGGACGAGUGAGCCUCAAACGGAAGAUAGGUACAGGGUUUCAUUGUUCUGAGUAAUCCCUUCUAUAGGAUUAAAUUCUAUGGGGUUAAAUUCAGAUACUCUGGAGUCUAUAAACUCUGUUCAAAGCAAGAUGGGGAAUUUCCCACCAUUUAUUUCUAGUAGUGCCUGAAGCCCCUUCUAGAGGCUUUCUGCCCCAAAAAGUCUGAGUGCAGAUGGGUAAGUAGAAAGUUGUUAGUGGAAAGAGAACAGCAUAUAAACAUUUUUUUUUCUACCAGUGAAUAUAAAUUGCCUAAACUAAAGCUGCACAGCUUUUUCUCAAGCUAGAGAGAGAUUCAGCACUGAACUACCUAACGUGUUUUGACACUGGGUCUCUGCUUUGGCUUACCUCCUUGCUCAGUCCAUCUUGCACGUUGACACAAAGCCUCUUGAAGAGGAAUUACUGAGCUCUGGAACAUACCAAUUCCAUUGUAUCCACAGAAUAGCAAUCUGUCCCCUUAAAUGUGCUUCUACAACAGCAAAUGGAAAAUAAAACUUGGAAUAUUUGCAGCCUUAAAGUCAUCAAACUGUUUUCAUAGAAUCAUAGAAUAACUCGGGAAGGAAGGGACAUGAGGAGCUCUCUAGUCCAACCUCCUGCUUAAAGCAGGUUCAGCUCACAGGUCAGACCAGGUUGCUUAGGGCUUUAUCCAUCUGCUCUUGCAAACCUCCAAGGACGGCGACUGCACAGCCUCUCUGGGCAACCUGCUCCAGCACUCAAUUAUCCUUAAUCACAAAAAAAACUUUUCCUUCUAUCCAGUUGGAACUUUCCAUGUUUCAAUUUAUGCUUGUCAUCUAUCAUCCUCCCACGAUGUGCUGCUGUGAAAAGCCUGGCUCUCCAGAGAAGAUCUCCCUACAUGUGAGCUGUUCCUUCAUGCAAAGGGCACUCCUCUCCCCCAUCUUCCCUGUCUCUCUUUCCUGAAGAGAUUAUAGCCAUCCGUCGCAGUCCUCCAGCUAUGUGAGCUGUUUCACCACGUCUCACUCUAACAGUGUCGUAGGUCUGUGAUUGCACGUGAAGCUCCUAUUUGGCUUCUUCCUUCAUAUCUUCCCAAUUUCAAGAAGGUCUGAAAGUUUGUUUUUUUCUCUCUACAUCUCUUUUUUGGCUAUAAAGUUUAAAUUCAGCUUUUGAACACCUCCUGGGUUUGGGUAUAUUCAUGGGUUAGCUGUUUUCAGCUUGUAAGCGUAAUGGUUGUUCACACAAAUUAUAUCUCUCAGCCCCCAAGGAGAAGGAAUCUUAGUUAUUAAUUUUAGCUUCCUCAGCUACCUGCUGACAGAGUUUGUUUUCCCCUAACCUUCCCUCUCUACCUCUCUCUCUCUUCCCCCUAACUCCUCCUUCCUAAGCUAGAAAAACUCAGAGACAUAAUCAAUCUUGGGCAGCUCUUCCUUUGGCAGCAACUCUGUUGUCUUUGAACAGGACUCAAAUGUAUAUUACUUAUUCUGUGUAGUCUUAAAUAACCAGCGAGGAGAUGGUCUGAGCCCCCUUCAUAACCUCUCUUCAUUCCAAGUUUGUAGCUAACAGAACGCUGCCUUACUGGCUGGACUCUAAAGCCAAACUUUUAUGCUAAGUACAAGCCUGUAAAAUAUAAAUAUGUAUCUGUUAUGUAUUGUUUAAUUUUUAUAUUAGGCAAAACAUAUUUAUAGAAGUAAAGGAAGCAAAGUGGUAGGAGCUCAGCUGGUAGCUGGUUGUUUUUUUCCUGAAAUCGGAGCACUGUUUCACAGUUGGAUGAAGCACUGAAAAGGUCAUUAGAAAUCCCAGAAGUUUGUAUUCAGCUCAGCCAUUGACCUUCUGGGUGGUCUUGAGCAAUUCAUUGCUGUCUCUCUGCCUCCAUUUCCACAUCUGCAAAAAACAGAUGAUCGUCUCAGCUAUAAUUGAUUAAUAUAAUUAGUAUAUGAUGCUACUGAGUGGGCAGAUCAUACCUAUACAUUCAAGAGCACUGAUGGGAUUGCUUUCUCUGAUCCAGGCAUCAUGUUCCGCAAGAAGAAGAAGAAACGCCCCGAGAUCUCAGCUCCGCAGAACUUUGAGCACCGUGUCCACACUUCAUUUGACCCCAAGGAGGGCAAAUUUGUGGGCCUUCCGCCUCAAUGGCAGAAUAUUCUAGACACACUGAGGCGGCCAAAGCCAGUGGUAGACCCUUCAAGGAUCACCCGGUUGCAACUCCAGCCUAUGAAGACUGUGGUGAGGGGCAGCACCGUGGAAGUGGAAGGCUAUAUCUCUGGGAUACUCAACGAUAUCCAGAAGCUUUCUGCCAUCAGUUCCAACACGUUGAGGGGAAGGAGCCCCACCAGCAGGAGGAGAGCUCAGUCCCUUGGGCUCCUGGGGGAGGACAGACCCCCAGACAUGUAUCUUCAGAGCCCAGAAGCAAACUGGGCAGACAAAUAUGGAAACUACCUCAAUUGCAAUGGUGGAGCCAAGGUAACCCGGAGGCAGACUAUGUGGCCAGAUUAUAAACCCAGGUUGGAUGGACAGUCUCAUCCCAAUGGUAUGGUAAUGAAAGCACAGUCCCUCGGGCCUUCAGAGUUUCAAGGUACUGAUGGCAGCUGCAUCCAACGUGCCUCCGGUUUGCAGCAUGCACCGGCUCUACUGGGGGAGAGUGAUAAGCCUGGAAAAAAGAGCUCAGAAGAGUGCUGGCCUCAACCUUGUCUAGUGGGACAAGCAAGCUCCAGGCCCUCGGGAGAAGGCAGUCCUAGCUCCAAGUCAAGGGAAAACAGCUUGAAGAGAAGGCUGUUACGAAGUGUCUUCUCCUCGUCCAGCGUCUCAAACAAGUCAGGCCCUUCCCUGCAGAUAAAGCCUAAUGCUUUCUUCAGGCCCCAGCAAUGGGGUUCGCCACGCAGCCCUGCAGCCAAAGCCCAGUCCCUUCCGUCUGAUCAGCCUGCACCUGAUUUCUCCAGGAUGGUCUCAGAAGGUGGAACCCCCCAGAAAUCACCAACAGUGGAGAAGGCGAUUGCAUUGCCACAAGGCAGACCAUCACCAGCAGGGUCUCCCAGAAACCGGCAGACUCAGACUAGUUCUAGCAACCUUCACCUUCCCCAGGACUCUUCUGCGAAAGGGCAGUUGGCUAGUGAGGACCCAGUGGUUGUGACUCAUGAGCAGUUCAAAGCUGCCCUUAGGAUGGUAGUGGACCAAGGGGACCCCCGGACAUUGCUGGAGAACUAUGUGAAGAUUGGUGAAGGGUCCACAGGCAUUGUCUGUAUUGCUCGAGAGAAGCACUCAGGGCGGCAGGUGGCAGUGAAAAUGAUGGAUCUCAGAAAGCAGCAGCGCCGGGAGCUCCUUUUUAAUGAGGUAGUGAUAAUGAGGGACUACCAACAUGUCAACGUAGUGGAGAUGUACAAGAGCUACCUGGUGGGAGAGGAGCUCUGGGUGCUGAUGGAAUUCCUGCAGGGGGGAGCCCUUACAGACAUCGUGUCUCAGAUCAGGCUAAAUGAGGAGCAAAUUGCAACAGUGUGUGAAUCAGUGCUGCAGGCUCUUGCAUAUCUUCACUCGCAGGGAGUCAUUCACCGAGACAUUAAGAGUGACUCUAUUCUUUUGACCCUGGAUGGAAGGGUGAAACUCUCAGAUUUUGGGUUCUGUGCUCAGAUCAGUAAAGAUGUACCUAAAAGAAAAUCCCUGGUAGGAACUCCCUACUGGAUGGCUCCAGAAGUUAUUGCAAGAAUACCAUACGCUACUGAGGUGGAUAUCUGGUCUCUGGGGAUCAUGGUGAUAGAGAUGGUAGAUGGGGAACCCCCCUAUUUUAGUGAUUCUCCAGUCCAGGCAAUGAAGAGACUCCGUGACAGUCCUCCUCCCAAACUGAAAAACUUCCACAGGACUUCCCCAGUGCUGAGAGACUUCUUGGAAAGGAUGUUGACACGGGAUCCGCUAGAAAGAGCAACGGCACAAGAGCUCCUGGAUCACCCCUUUUUGCUCCAGACAGGACUUCCAGAGUGCCUGGUCCCCCUUAUCCAACAAUACAGAAAGCGUACCUCUACCUGCUGACUUUGCGUAAGGGGAAACGCUAGGAAAAAGUAAUUUUAAUAAUAAACCAAGAGACCACGCUCUCGUGAGACAGGUCUCAUCCUGUGAAUGGUGCUUGAGACUUGUCAGUGAUCCUUUUAGAGGAUGAAUGUGAAUAUUCUCCUUGCAGCCCCAGCCUUUUGUGGCUUCUCUUUUGCUGAAGACAAUCAAUACAUACUUGAUCCAAGUAAGACCAAGUACAUCUCCAGAAUAAAGCGGGCUUUUCAUGACUUCUGGAUUGCUUCUUCUGAAGAACGGCUUUCCUAAGCAGAGUCUGACAUUGUCUGUCUGAAUGUCUGCAAGUUCCUGCAAACCUUGGCUGCUGGCUACUGAACUAUAUUUCCCCAUUAGAAAUGUGAUUUUUGUUUUAUUUAGUUGUACACUGGAGUCUUGAGCUGACUCAAACAUACAUUUUGGGGCACAGGCCCCUUUAAACUCUCAAACAAUGCACAAAGACUUUGCAAAUUUUUCCUCUGAGACUUUUUCACAGAUGAUUUUAUCUCUUUUGGUUAAAUGUGGACUAGAUACCUGUACAUAUUUUCCUGGGAAGCAGAUGUGUUAUGUAUAUAUUUGCAGGAAAGCCGUCUGAAAACAUCGACCUGCUUCUCUUUUGCUGAGGCAUAUGUAUGGUUUAGUGACAAGACUAACACGUGGUCAAUCUUCAAUUCAUUUCACGAUCUUAAGCUUUUGGAGGGGAAGCACUUGGAUACAGGCCUCAAAGGGGUCUCUGUGAAGACCGUCUUUCCUGCCAACAGAAUCUCGUGGUUGAAAAUUCACCAUAUGCAAAACCUCCAGCGCUAGUUGGAAUGGGAGGGCAAUAGUGUGCUUGACAAGGAGAGUCUAUGACAGCUUGUAUUUGGGUUUCCAAACCUCUCUCUUCCUAAGCCCUGUCUCCCAGGAGAGGCAGAGAAAUGCUGCUCUGAGGCAAUCAUUGGUUAGUGCUUUGGGGAUGCUCUAGGAGACUGAAUGCAGAAGUUUCAGCCGUCCUGUGUAUCCCAGGAGAGAUUUUUGUUUUUCCUAGUGAGACUGUUCCAUCUCUGCUGUUUGCUACUGCAAAACGUGGGGACAAAGGAAACUUUUGAUGUAUGUUUUGUUAUUGGUAUGGCCCCCUCCCCCACCCCUUUGAUAUGUUCAGAAGGUUAUUUGUUGUCUAAGCAGCUCUUUCAAUUAUUUGUAAAUGGAUUUAGGUGUUUUGUAUGGUAAGUUUUUUGAUCGGUGAGAUAGUUGAGGUCAUUGGACUCCAGGUCAGGAUGUAACGUUGUACAGUAAUGGUGAGUAUUGUUGUGAGGUCUCAAGAAUAUAGUCUCAUAUGUGAAACUGGGAUCCCAUUUUGAAACUGAAAUGCAAAUUUACUGGAAUUUAAUUUUACUGGAAUUUACUGUUCUUGGGACAGGCUUACUGGCUCAGAAACGAACCUCGUAACUUGCAUUUUCUUCAGAAGAUGUUUAAAAAUCUCUAUCCUCUGCUCUUCACUUCAGUUACAGAUCCUGCUUCAAAAUUGAAGCUGCAGUUAAUUACUUGAAGUAAUUCGGGAUGGAAUUCAUCAGCACUGAUGCUGCUCAUCUAAACAGUGGCCACCCCGUCUGCAAAGCAUAUGGGUUGCCUCUGUAGACCAUGGCAAGAGAGGAACACCUUCAGAGCAGAGGGGGAUUAAUCUCCAGUUUCUUAGAUACCUCCUGUAGGAUGAAAUCACUCUCUCUUGAUACCACUCUCCCCAUGGACAGUAGAGGGAUCAUCAGUGAUUUGUCUCGACUAGAUGCCUAAGUUUGGGGAUGAUGAAGUUGGUUGAAAUGAAUUCCUUUAGCUCAUCCUUGGCUGCACUGGAAAAAUUUUGAUGUAAAAUGUUUCUGUAUUCCAGAUAUACUGCUUUUUUAUGCAGAAGAGCAGGGCUUUAAAAAAAGUUUAUAAGUUGAAACAAAUAUUCCUGCUCAUCUGUAGUGGUGAAUCCUUUGCACUUGUGUUUUAAAUUAAAGUAGAUCUUGAUUUAUUCAUAA